GGCGCCGUCCAUCAGGAGGCGCGGAUGAGCCGGGCGGCGGAGGUGAUGGUGCAGCACGUGGAGAACCUCAAGCGGCAUCACCUGCGGGAGCACACGGAGCUGGAGGAAAUGAAGAGGCUGAUCCAGCAGAACUCCCGCAACCGGCAGGUGGCCGAGAACAGGGAUGACGAUGAGCAGAGACUGAAGCUGCCCCUGCUGCGAACGUUCCAGCAGGUAACGCCGGCGCCCGUCCCCUGGCAGGGCUGGUGGUGCGCAGAGGCUCGGCUGACAGGCGGUUCACUAGCAACAGUUCAAACACAGCAGCGAUCUCCCCUACAGCUCCGCAGGUCGGGGAACGGUUGCGGGAGGUGACAGGCGCUGGGCCAGGCCCAACCUGCAUGACCACCUCGGGAGGUGGAGUGAGGAAGUUACAAAGUCUUUGCUGAGGGGUGUGGAACCAUCACGGGCCUCUGAUCUCUUGGGGGUAGAGGGACCUUCACGGCCCAUUCAUGGCACGCCAGUGAGCCCAGCGGGAGGUGGG